AAAUACAGGAAAAAAAACCGAUAAUUCUCUGCGUCUCCACUCUCUCAUCCGCACUGGAGCGCGAUUGCUCUCCAUUAUUACUGUAGCUUGUUAAGUUUUGAGGUCUGGUGAUUUAUUUGGAAUGAGAUAAAAUUUCAGAAAACAGUUUAAAAUGACGAUAAAAGUAGUGAAAACCGGUUUCAAUUACCAGAAAAAUUUGAAGUAUAUUUACAUCUCAAUGAUUAAUUUGGUCACACAUCAUCAAUAACAAAGUUUUUCAACGUGAACUGACGAAAAUUGAAUUUAUUUUAGAAAAAGAAGAGGCAAUCAAUAAAUAAAUCGAUUAUUUCUCAACAAACGAUGUCCGUCGUCUCCGAACGCGAUGUGGACGAAUACUCGAAACAAAAACCUGAAACUUAUGUGCUCCAAGUCUCAGAAAGAGAACGAAAGGAGAAGUACGAGCGGAAAAAUCCGCCGAUUCCACUGGACAACGAGUACAAUUAUCAAGACGUCACACCGUCACCCUUCCCGUUUCAUAUCGAUGCUCCGUCGCUAGUAUUUAUGGGCCGUCUUGGCGAAGAGCCCAUCUCUGCUCACUUCACACUUACCAAUCGUACGUGCAAGCCAUUCUGGUUCAAAAUCAAGGUCUCGAGCCGCGAACUUUUCAAAGUUCGCCCAACAAACGGAAAAUUGGAGAAUAGUGAAAGAGUCGUCAUUAGAGUGAUUUUUUACCCGAAUGUCAGAGUUCCGAAGCCAUUCUGCGAGUACUUGCACGUUUAUGCGUUGUUUGCCGGGUUGGGAGAUCGGACAGCCUAUGAAGCGUUCAACAGAUUGGAUCGUCAACGUACAUUGCCUCCGAAGCGACUUUUUACGGAAUUUGUUUGGCAUCCAAAUAUUGGAAUGACUCAAGCCUACGAAAAUGGAAAACUGAUGGAAAUGAUGCGUGCAAAGCAGAAACUUCUCGACUAUAGAAAGGACGAAAAUGAUAAAAUUAAAACUUUUCAAGUGGAUUUCAAUAAUGUCAUUUUUGAUCAUCGGAAUCGCGUCCUGGAUAGAAUGCUCAAAGCAAACGUUGUUGAAAAGGAGAAAUUGUUAUACAUGCCAACUCCAAAUCUCAACCUCUACAUGCAGAACCUUCGAAAUCAGAAAAAUCGCUCGAAACUUGCAGUUUUGCUCGAAAGACGUGGGGAUGCGUUUAAGGGUGUUCAGAAUUUGUACGCAGAAGAGGUACUGGCGAAAAGGACCGGAGAUAAAAUGUUUGAAAAAUAUAAGAAAAAGAAGGGAACGAAAGGAUAUCAGAGUUUGGAUGCGAAGCUUUACAGACCGGUUAAGGUGGUCAGAAACACGAAGAAUAAGAAGAAGAAGGGGAAGAAAUAAUGUUGUGUCUGGAAAAUAAACAUUUUUUUACGUG